CUUACGUAACAGGUCAAAACGCGUGCGCUGCUCAAGUCACAUCGCGACGCUCCCUCCAUUUUUCGUUUAGUGUAACGCUUUCCAUUGGCAGACACUCCCUUCUCUUGUCUGAUGAAAUCUUUUGGACGACGCACGAAAACUAGACCCGCGGCCUUACUUUUGCUGUCAAAGCCACCGCUAAUGUCACAACGAGCACUUUACAUUUGCGAACGAGUCUAAAAGACGUAUUUGUGACGUGGCCUCCUCAUUUUUGGACGAACCUUGGCUGUUUUUUCGACGGUGGCGGUUGCUAACAAGCUUAGCGGCUAACUCGGAGCAGUUUCCGGUCAGUUUCACUCGUUCACUCGGUUGUCGCAGACUAAAAGCAUGGCGCUGGCCGUGCCGACGUUGUCAUUCCCUCUCCCCGGCGCGGCUCCCCGAAAGUCUCGGCUCCAGCAGCCGCAUUCUUCGAGCGGGCACUGUGCCGAACUCGGCCCGGCUGCCAUCCACCUUCCCUGGGUCUUCCUGAGUUGUCACGACCGCUGGGCUCCUCGGGCAGAAUAAAGCACCAUGUCUCCGACUUGGACAUUUUCUACUGGCAUAAACUUUUAGUGGCGAUUGGAGCCAAGUGUGGACCCGAGCCGCUCCGACUCGGUCCGGCGUGCCAGCUGUCAAAUUAGCCGCCGAGCGGCUAACCUUGAAAUUGACCGGUGAAAAAAGAUUGAUAGUAGUAAGUAAGAGCUUUCGACAGCGUGUGUGUGGAUUUAACCUGUGCAUAUUGUUAGUUUUAACUGGCGGGGAGGGACAAACAUGUUCAAAAACGUGAGUAGCGAGGCUGGACUCCCGGGCGGGCGGAGCUUGGCCUCCUCUGCCGGCCUGGGUGCGUCCCCCGCCGGCCUCGCCGCUCAGGAAAGCUCGUGGCUCGGCCUGCUCUCCGUCUUGUCCAGGCCCGCGUUCGCCUUCGUGUCCAGGUACCUUCCGGGUCUCGGCGGAAGUGGCUCCGGCAGUGUGAUGGAAAGCGUCGUCCGGGAACAGGGCGAGCUUCUCUGCCAGCUGGAAGCCACCUCGUCCAGUUUGUCCUGGUUCAACGAUAGCUCGCUGUGCCAGCUGGGCAUCGACGCGGUCGCUCCGGGUCCCGGUCCUUCCAGAAAGGACCAAUGGUGGGGCGGUUCCUACGGGGCAGUUCUGAGGUCAGCGCAUUUGGCCUGCGCUGACCCACACUUUUUUUCCCCGCAAAUAGCAAAGUUGACAAUCGAGCCCGGCGGUGACCUGUUGUGCGAAAGCACCGGAACUGACGUGCCCCGAGAAGAAGCGUCCGGGGGCCACGGGGAGGCUAGCCUGGACCAGGACAACGGCUACUACAGCCUGGAAGAGGAGCACGGCCUCAGGGGGCAGGACCGGACGGAGUCCGAGACGCCGGACCGACUCCCCGACCAGCAGGUGGAGGGUCCCGUUGUGCCUGAGGAAGCGCCACGGCAGUGCCGCAAUGUGAGCAUCGCCUUCAUCAUGGGCUGCCCGUUCAGCGAUGACGACAGCAGCCAAUCGGACGGCGACUCGGACAGCAUGGAUGACUCGGACAGCUGGGACGAUUUGUCAGAUGAAGACGAGGAGACGGCGCGUCUGCUGGCGUCUCUGUGUCAUCGGGAUGACCCAUACAACCCUCAGAACUUCAGCGCCCGCCUUCACACUGGCCGCACGCCACUGACAGAUCGGGACGCAUCCCAGCCAGAGUCAUCGACCCUUUCCGACCCGAGCGUUACGCUCGACUUGCGGCUGCCACUCGGCACCGGAAAAGCGCGGGCCUCGGAGGUUCCGAAUGGCGACUUCCCGAAACCAUUGGCCUCUGCCAAAAAGGUUCGUUUCAGCGACGUAGUGGAGGAGUUCUUGAUCGUGUCGGACGGCGGCGAAGAGGAGGACCGUCGGGGGCCAUGGGAGGAGCUGGCCCGCGACCGGGGCCGCUUCUUGCGCCGCUGCCAGGAGGCGGAACUCACCCUGGCCUACUGCCUACAGCCCGAGCAUCGGCGCACGGUGUACAGUCGCAUCAACGGCCAUGAAGACCCUUAGGCCCGAUGCCGUGCUAAAUCCUGAUUUAAGUUUUUCCUUCGGUUCGGAAGCCAAAGAUUAGGACGGAGUUUUAGGGCCAAACAAUGAAAGAAAAAAAAUAGGACUGCAAGAUUAAAGGCAUAGUUUUAGUACGAGAAAAAAGUCGUAAUAUUACAUUACGUAAUUUGUAAGGACACGGUAUGUCUAAAGUACCUGAUACGUAUUUAACGUAGUGCAACAUCACCUCUGUUAAAAUCAACAAUAUUGAGACCAUCUCAUAUUUUACAAUCGCCUUCGAAAAUACAGAAAUUCUUAAAGGGACCAUACAGGAUUUUUAUAGUUAAUUUAAAAUACUUCUCGUUGCAUGCUCCACCAAUGCCCUGGUGAGUACUCAGAACCUUGACACUUACCUUCAAUAGUGUGUUCGGGUCAAACACUGUGGGCAAACAUGCCCCUUUGCUCGUCCACACGAAUCCCCGCAGCAGGGCCGUUUCGCCCAGUCUCUCCUUGCAAAAACACCCGCUUAAGACUUCCUACUAACUUUUUUUUUUAAUAUCUAUUUCUGGUGCUGAUUUGAUGGGCCAAACGCUCGAGCUGCAGUUAUGCUUUAGGGCGGAUGUGGCAGUCACAAGUAAAAAAGUGACAAUUCUGCAUAGUCCCUUGAAUCUUUCGGCCAUCACCAUUAAAUUAGAAUCAAUAGAAGUAGUUUUACCAAUACUUAGUUGUAGCUUCCAGCCAAGGUCAUACAAAGAAUACAACUUUAAUCACGUAAUGUUGACUUUUGACCUCGUACUAAGACUGCAAACUUUAAUCUCAUAAUAUUACGACUCGUGCUGCAACAAUUAAUUUGAGUAAUUCGACUAGAAAAAAAGCUUCGAAUUCAGUUGAGCUGUUUUGAUGAUUUGUUAAAUUAUAUUAGUGUUGAAAUGGUUUGUUAUGGAAGUGUUGCACUUAGUUUUAAUUAUUUGUGAGGAUACACUACCCUCUGGUGGCAACAGUGAAUAUGACACUAUGACAUAACUGGUCUAAUAUGGCUGAAUCUAACAAGGCUGUACGUUUUAGUUUCAGCUAAUAUGUUUAUACUUUCAUAAUUUAGAGGUACAUUUAGCAUUUUUUUUUUUUGUGGAAAUAUGAAUUUGAACGAUUUGUUGAGAGAAGAGGAAGAAAGUAACAUUUCAUAGCAUUUAAGCUAGCGGACUUUUGCUAGUUAAUUCAAACUACUGAAUUUACUUAUAUUUGACUAAUUAGACCAGGGGUUCCCAACCUAUUCCACUAAGGCACACUGUGGGUGCAGGAUUUCAUUCUUACCAAACAAGAUGACAACACUUUUUCCCCAAUCUGGUGUUUUACAAGUGCAAUCAGUUGAUUGCAGUCAGGUGUGGCUUGUUUUAGCAGAAGCCUCAUUGGUUCAACUGUCUCUGCUGGAUCGGCUGGAACAAAAACCAGGACCCACAGUGUGCCUUGAGGACUGGGUUGAAAACCCCUGAAUUAGACAUUUAAACUUCAAGUGUUGGGUGUCUUAUGUGUUUUAUUGCGUCCUUAUAGUUGUAUAUGCGUUAGAUUUUCCAAAGUGGAAAAAGUGAAGGAACUAAAAGAAGUGAAAGAACCACAAGUAUUCACAAAAUAUUAUUUUAUUCUCAUUUCUUUAAUACCGUUUGAGGCUAUGUUUAGGUAUAAUUUUCUGUUUUGGAUCUGAAAUAAUUCUCCGACAGUUUAAAUGUUUCUCAUCCGAUGACAUGAUUAAUCGAACUUGUCAAUUGAUAGAUGAAUUGAUUAUUUAAAUAAUCGAUAGUUGCAGCCCUAAUUACGACUUGAACCUCGUAAUAUUAUGACUUUAAUCUCGUAGUCCUACUUUUUAAAUUAUUUGCUGCUAAUACUCUGUUGUGAAAGAGCGAUCGUGUGAUGCCAGCUCAAAAGUAUUGAAACGCCGUAAUAAUGUUUUCUGUUCGCCUCGAAUUCAAACUCGAAGUAUUUGCCACACCCGUAUUGAUGCGAUAUUCGGCGAGAAGCGGCAUGCAAAUGUUUGAUGGGUUGUCAGACUGUAAGGAAAAAAGGACUCCCGGGAAUUUAAAGAAAAGUGAUUUUAUUUUUGUAAGGCAUGGUCACUUUGUGGAAUGACUUCCUGUCGUGUUUUGCUCACGUGAUCAAUAAAUCACUCAACUGCUUGACUGCCUGGUUACCUGGCAACAGUCUGUCCUCACCUGGGAUAGGCCGCCCAAUCGGCGGUGUCACACAACAGCAAAAAUUGUCCUUUUUUUUUUUUUUUUUUUUUUCGUUUUCAGCGAGAAAAUACAUUUUUUAGUAACUGGCUGCCAUUGUAAUAGACCAGGGGUGCUCAUUGUUUUUUGAUCCAAGAGCUCAAGAUUUCAUCAUAAC